AGAGAUAAUGAACUGAAAAGAAUAACAAGGGGAAGGAAUAGAGACGAGAAACAGACUACGGGUUCAAAAUCUCACAAGGAAGACUGAAAGAGAGAGAGAAGGAGCGGUGGAGGAGGCUGACGACGUCGUUCGUCUUGAUUUCUGAUUAAGUACUUUUCACCAUGUCUUGGUGCACGAUUGAGUCCGACCCAGGGGUGUUUACAGAACUUAUUCAGCAGAUGCAAGUAAAAGGCGUGCAGGUUGAGGAGUUGUAUUCAUUGGACCUUGAUUCUCUGAACAAUCUGAGGCCGGUGUAUGGUUUGAUUUUCCUAUUCAAAUGGCGUCCAGGGGAAAGGGAUGAUCGCCUUGUAAUUAAGGAUCCAAAUCCUAAUUUGUUUUUUGCAAGCCAGGUUAUUAAUAAUGCUUGUGCCACCCAAGCAAUCUUGUCUAUCCUCAUGAACUGUCCAGAUGUUGACAUUGGUCCUGAACUGUCAAAACUGAAAGAGUUUACAAAGAAUUUUCCACCUGAACUGAAAGGGCUGGCAAUAAAUAACAGCGACGCUAUCCGUGCAGCCCAUAAUAGUUUUGCAAGGCCUGAGCCGUUUAUUCCUGAGGAGCAGAAGGUAGCUGAAAAAGAUGACGAUGUCUACCAUUUUAUAAGCUACUUGCCUGUUGAUGGGGUCCUGUAUGAGCUUGAUGGAUUGAAGGAGGGGCCGAUUAGCCUUGGACAGUGCCCUGGUGGGCAAGGUGACAUGGAAUGGCUGCAGAUGGUACAACCUGUAAUCCAGGAGCGCAUUGAAAGGUAUUCCAAAAGUGAGAUAAGAUUCAAUCUCUUGGCCAUAAUAAAGAACAGGAAAGAGAUGUAUACUGCUGAACUUAAGGAACUCCAAAAGAAGAGGGAGCGUAUUUUGCAGCAGCUGUCUGCCUUACAAUCAGAGAGACCGGCCGACAGUAGCAAAUUUGAAGCGCUGAACAAAGGUCUUUCAGAAAUUAAUGCUGGGAUCGAGGGCGCUACCGAGAAGAUCUUGAUGGAAGAAGAAAAAUUUAAGAAGUGGAGGACAGAAAAUAUUCGCCGGAAGCACAACUACAUACCCUUUUUGUUUAACUUCCUCAAGAUUCUUGCUGAGAAGAAGCAGCUGAAGCCUCUUAUUGAGAAGGCAAAGCAAAAAUCUGGCAACCCUAGAUGAAUGAGAAUGAUGGUUUGGUUUACUGUACUAUGAUGGGAUUGUGGAUUAUUUUUCAUGAUGUCAGUUGUAAUUGUGGGUGAACCUAACUGGGGGUAUACAUGCUUUCUUUAGGUUACUCGUUAAACUCCAUUUAUUUUGGUGAGACAUUCCCAUGGAUUGACUUUGUUCUUACUUUGCUUUAGGUCAAGAAACUUACAUGUCUUUGAAUUAUGUGGAAUAAAAUGGUUGAACAUCA